GCGCCCUCAACAAAGAUGGCGCCGCCCCAACGUCACGGCCCCGUUGCUCCCCACGGCGGCGCCGCCCUCAACCAACAUGGCGGAGGGCGGCGGGGCGGGGCGCUGGCGGCUGCCGCCUCCCAUUGGCUGCCGGCGGGGGGCUCGGCGCCGCGCGAUUGGCGGGACGGGCGGGAGGCGGGGAGCGUUUCCGGGGCGGAGGGCAAGGCGGCCGGAGGGGAGAGAGGGCGACAGCGGGACCGGCGCCCGGGGGGGGACGCGGGCCCGGGGGGGCCGCCCCGGGGCCCUCCCCGAUACGGGGGGCCCAUGACAGGGCCCUGGCCGAGCCGCCCCCCCCCCGCCCCGAUGAACGAGGAGCCGUUGCUGGAGGGGGAUUUCGGGGGUCCCCCAGGCGCGGGGGGGGGACCCCGUUUCCACCUCUGCCUGACCCGGACGGAGCUGCAGAUCCUGGGGGGGCCCCCCGGGGGGGGGCGGGGGGUGCUGCGCCUGGCCGACGUGGUGGGCUGCCACACGCUGCGUGCCCCCUCCCUCCCCGCCGCCGCCUUCUUCGCCGUCUACGCCUACCCCCCCCCGCUGCGGGGGGUCCCGGGGGGGGCCCCGUCGCCGUCGCCGAGCUCCCACUUUCCGGCGGACGCGGCCCCCCACUACGAAGGGAACCGGGCGACGGCCGAGCGCUGGGCCCGCGCCAUCCGCUGCCUCGUCCGGGGGCUCCCCCUGCCCCCCCAGGCCGAAAUCCCGCCGGAGCCGCGGCGGCGGCGGCUGCUGCUACUGCUGAACCCCUUCGGGGGCCGGGGCCAGGCCCUGAGCUGGUGCCAGACCCACGUCCUGCCCAUGAUCACCGAGGCCGACAUCAGCUUCAACCUCAUCCAGACCGAACGGGCGAACCACGCGCGAGAGCUGGUGACGGGGAUCAGCCUGGACGAGUGGGAUGGGAUCGUCACCGUCUCGGGGGACGGGCUCCUCUAUGAGGUGGUGAACGGGCUGAUGGACCGGCCGGACUGGGCUGCGGCGCUGAGGAUGCCCCUGGGGAUCCUGCCCUGCGGCUCCGGCAACGCCCUGGCCGCCGCCAUCAACUCCCACGCCGGGCUGGCCCCGGCGCUGGGUCUCUCCCUGCUGCAGAACUGCGCGGUGCUGCUGUGCCGGGGGACGCCGUCCCCCCUGGACCUGGUUUCGGUGACGACGGCCUCGGGCGCCCGCGUCUUCUCCUUCCUGAGCGUGGCCUGGGGCUUGGUGGCCGACGUGGACAUCGAGAGCGAGCGGCUGCGACGCCUGGGGCCGGCGCGCUUCGCCCUGGGCACGGCCGCGGCGCUGCUGGCCCUCCACACCUACCGCGGCCGCCUCUCCUACCUGCCCGCCGUCCCCCGCAGCGCCACCGCCGAUGCCGCCGGUGCCGCCGGUGCCGCCGCGUCCCCCCUGCCCCGCGCUCUCUCCGAUUUGGGGCUCUGCGCGGGGGACGGCCAGCGGCCCCCGGUACCCCCCGAGGGGGACGGCGGGGACUGGGGGGGACGCCCCUGGGCUCGGCGACAACCCCGGGCCGAAGGGGGACGCGGCCGGAGACGUGCUGGUGCGGGGGGGACGCCCCCAUUCUGGGGGACGCCCCGGGACGUGGGGACGUCGGGGUGCAGGGGGGCACCCCAAGGGACGGGGACGCCCCGGGACGUGGGGACACCCCCAGCCCUGGGGACGCCCCGAGCGACGGGGCCACCGAGGUCCACGGCGUCCCCUCAAGGCACGGGGACGCCCCCAGCCCGGCGUCCCCCCCAAAAGACGCGUCCCCCCCCGGCCCCCUCCUCCCCCCCCGGCGGCCCAGUCGACGACCUACUGGUGCCGCUGGGCCAACCGGUGCCCCCCAGCUGGGUGACGCUGGAGGGGGACUUCGUCCUGGUCCUGGCCAUCUACCAGUCGCACUUGGGGGCCGAACUGGUGGCGGCCCCCCGGGCCCGGCCGGACGACGGCCUCAUCCACCUCUGCUACGUGCGGGCUGGGGUCUCGCGGGGGGCUCUGCUGCGGGCGCUGCUGGCCAUGACCCGGGGGGGGCGGCGGGGGGGGGGGGCGGACGCCGCCGCCGGACCCCCCUUAUCCCGCGUCCCGGCCCGUGCCUUCCGCCUGGAGCCCCUGACGCCCCGGGGGGUGCUGACGGUGGACGGGGAGCGGGUCGAGUACGGACCCCUCCAGGGACAGAUCCACCGCGGGCUGGCCCGGCUCCUCACCCCCGCCGCACCCUGAGGGGGGACGCGGGGGACCCCCGGGGAC